AUGUCGAGCUGGAGCAGUUGGUUCGGCAAGAAAGACAACAAGAACUCGGCGAGGGAUGCGAUAGUCGGGUUGCGGCAGCAGCUGCUUAUGCUCGAGAAGAAGGAGGAGCAUCUUAACAAAAAGAUUGAAGAUGAGCUGAAGAAGGCCAAGGCCAACGUUACCACAAAUAAGAGAGCGGCGCAAGCGGCGCUCCGGCAGAAGAAAGCGUACGAAAACGAGCUGGACCGCAUCGCAGGUACAAGGAUGACGCUUGAGACACAAGUCAACGCCAUAGAGAGCGCCAACAUGAACCUCGAGACCAUGACAGCCAUGCGCAAAGGUGCUGACGCUCUCAAGACGAUCCACGGCAGUCUCAAUAUUGAUAAAGUCGACUCGACCAUGGACUCGAUUCGCGAACAGAUGGAUCUCACCAACGAGAUCUCGGACGCCAUCUCGAACCCUGUCGGCAUGGGCCACGACAUCGACGAAGAUGAGCUCAAAAACGAACUCGAGGAACUUGAGCAAGAUGAGCUCAACGAGCGAUUGGUGGGUGCCGACUCGGUGCCUCUUCACACUCCUGCCGUGGCCACAUCGGCGGGUAUAUCACGUAUUUCGAACGGUCCAGAGCGCAAACAAGCCGUGGUUGAGGACGACGACGAUGCUGAGCUGCGCGCACUGCAGGCCGAGCUUGCCAUGUAG